GGCUGCAGGGAAGACCUGUCCAGGUUAGGGCCCACUCAGAACACCUCGACAAGAUGGCCGGUCAGCGGGAGGAACCCACCAGCAGAUGCUGCUUCUCAGUCAUAUGUUUCUUCACCCUCUGUGUCGGUGUCGCUGUCGGCAUCGUCAUCGGCAUGUACGUCCUGUGUGACGAUGACGGCGGCGAUGCUUCACAGCCACCAACUGUCCAGGCGAAUACAGACCCGUUCAAAGAUGAUAUUUUACAAAAUAUUCUAAGCGGUGUGAACAAAACGAAAAUUGAAGAGAAUUUAAGAUGGCUGUCAGAGCUGCCCCACAUAGCCGGGAGAGACAGGAACAAGGUGUUGGGGAGCAGGAUACACAAGUACUGGCGGGAUAUUGGCCUCGACGAGGUCCAAACUCGGGAAUACGACGUACUACUGUCCUACCCUGACACUGAGAACCCCAACAUAGUGUCUUUGAUAAACAAGGCUGGAAACACGAUAUACGCUUCACCGAAGACGGAGAAAAUACUCACCCCGGAGGAGAACAAAACAGGAGUUGUCCCCCCUUUUUUGGCUUUUGCCAAGGCUGGAAUCGCUGAGGGUGAUCUGGUUUACGUCAACUACGGCCGUGUGGAGGACUACGUCACCCUCUCAAACAACUCCAUCAACGUCACCAACAAGGUCGUCCUUGCUAGAUAUGGCAGAAUAUUUAGAGGAGAUAUAGUUAGCAUCGCUACUCUGCACGGAGCUAGUGGCGUCAUCGUCUACUCCGACCCACAGGACUAUGCGCCGGACAACACCACCCUCCCCUACCCUCACUCAUGGUGGCUGCCCCCCUCGGGCACACAGAGAGGCACCAUUGAUGUGGGAGAUGGAGAUCCUUUGACCCCGGGGUACCCAGCAACAGCGACUGCCUACCGCAUCCAGGAGAGCGCGGUCGUCCCUCCCCUGCCCUCCAUCCCCGCCCACGCCAUCGAUGCUGAGGUGGCAGAGAAAAUACUCAGCUACUUGGCCGGACCCCCUGCACCCCCGGAAUGGAGGGGGUUCCUGAACGUCACCUACAACCUGGGACCCAGCUUCCGUGAUGGCGUACACGUCCGACUGAAUGUGUCCACCAGAAACAAGCAGAGCAAGAUCUCUGACGUCGUUGGAGUGAUACAAGGAGCAGUAGAGCCAGAUCGCUACGUGAUACUCGGUAAUCAUAGAGACGCGUGGGUGUUUGGAGCCAUUGAUCCGUCGAGUGGUACAGCCGUCAUGUUGGAGAUCGCCCGGGCUCUCAAACAGGCCAUAAAUACCACCAGCUGGCGUCCCAGCAGGUCCAUCAUCCUCUGUAGCUGGGAUGCCGAGGAGUACGGACUGAUUGGAUCCACUGAGUUUGUUGAGGAAUAUGUGAAGACGUUGACGACGAGGGCGGUGGCGUACCUGAACGUGGACAUUGCAGUCGUAGGUCAGUACAGCGUCACUAUUGGUGGAUCCCCUCUACUGUACAGAACAGCAUUGUCGGCCACACAAAAGGUGAAGUCCCCGAACUCUGAGUUCCAGACACUGUACGAGGAGUGGGUGACCAGGGAGGAGGCGCAUGACAAGGCCGGCAGGGGACUGGGCAGACCAAUAUACGGCAACCUAGGGUCGGGGAGUGACUUCGCCAACAUGAGGGGCCUAGCUGGGGUACCUAUCCUCGACAUGGGCUACAUCUACGACGUGACCAAGUGGGACUUAGGCUCCUACCCCUUGUACCACUCUGAGUACGAAACAUUCUACGCCGUCAAAAAUUUCGUCGAUGGAAACUUUACGUACCAUCGAGCACUCGGUCAGCUGUGGUUGGCCCUGGCGCUGGAGCUCACCGAGUCCGUCAUCUUGCCCUUCAACCUUUCUGACUACGCCGAGACCCUGACCCGACUCCAGGCGCAGCUCGUAGCGGAUAAAGGUGACAUCCUGGACAGACACUUGCCUGGAUAUGAGGCCAAUCUGACCCAGGUUGUAGACGAGUUCACAGAGGCAGCGGCCAGUUUCAUGGCGGACGUGGCCAACACGAAGACGUCCAACCCCCUCGUCGUCCGCAAGCUGAAUGACCAACUCCUCCAGCUGGAGAGAGCGUUCCUCGACCCCCACGGACUGCCUGGCCGGAGUAACUACAGGCACAUCCUUUUCGCGCCGAGCAGCAAGGACAGCUAUUCUGGAGCCUCGUUCCCAGGGCUGAUUGACCUCCUUAUCGAUAUCAAGGACUCCGACACCAACCAAUGGGAGAACGUCAAACAACACUUUUCGGUCAUACUCUUUACCAUCCAAUCAGCGACGUCGACACUGCGCGACGUGAUACAUUUCAUGUGACGCAGGAAGAUAUCGGCACUCACUUUAUGAAUAAAAUCAAUAUUCUUUUUUUCAA